UUCGAUGAAAAGUUAACCUGUGAAGCCGAGGAGAUGGGACUAGUACAUAUGAGAUGCUGAAUACCCGAGCAGCCGCUACUGAACGCCUCAUGACGUCACUGAGCAGCAGCGAUAGGAGGCGGAAGAACUUGACGGGACUCGGGAGUGCAUGAUGCGUGCAGUGGAGAUAAGAAGCGCACUCUUUCCAAUAGGCGUCUGAGAAGCGAGCGGAAUGCGUUCGAGUGCUUGGCUUCGUGAGGGAAGGACGGUGACAGCGGAGAGACACGGCUGCAAGAUGAAGUAGGAGCCAGACACAGCCAUUCGGACAGCUCGAAAUCUUUACUGAAUCAGCGGCCGUUGGAUGCCAAGAUGCCCCACACUCCCAGGAAGGCUCUCAAGAUCACGACGGAAAUUGACAUCCAUGCGGUCUCCUGCCCUGGUGUGUGGCUGCCCGGCAGGGGUCGGUGCUCCCUAUCGGUGUGUCUUCUAGGUUUCCACACUCGCACCAACAAGCUUCCUCCGGUCUUCCCUUUGUUAUACCAUGAGAAAUUCAAAUUCGAAAGAACUUUCGUCGGUGUCAACAACCUCAGCGUGCUCGAGAGGGUGUUGGAGGCCGAGACGGUGUACCUGGAAUUGGUCCAGGAGGAGACAUCGGGAGAGGCCGUUCUAGCCGUCUUCGAGUCCUCCGUCAGGGACCUCCUCUUCCCGAGACCAGCAGAGCGCCUCUCCUACUCCGGGGUGGAUCUCGAUCUGCUCAUGGAACCUACAAGGGACUUUCCAGGCAUCAUCUCCCCCAAAAUCGAAGUGUCGACUCGAACCAGCGUGAGUGAGACUCGAACUCCCCUUCACCAAUGCGAGCAGGAUACCGUCAGCUUUGGCCACGCCCAAAAUAAGGCUACGAAGGCCGUCUACCGGGCGACAUCCCCAGAUGAAGGAAAAAAUCGUGAGGAAGGGACGUCUAGCGAGGGAGUGGGAGGGGGAGGAGGAGGAGGCUGCGGUGGUGGUGGUGGAGGAGGAGGAGGAGGAGGCUGCGGUGGUGGUGGUGGUGGCGGAGGAGGAGGAAUGGGUAUUGGUGGAGGAGGAAUGGGAGGAGGAGGAGGAGGUGGAGGAAUGAGAGGGAAUCCUGGCCACGACGACGAGGUCAUCUCCCUACAGAGGAGCCCCAGACACGGAGAGAGCAGCCGUUCGGCGGCCCGAGAGGAUGGGCCACGCCCUCGUUUCGUCUAUCGACGUCCCGACGACGACCUCCUGUCCAGGAUACCUACUUCGCCUACUCGCAAUAAUAACAGGUACGUUGGGAUCAAGAGUCGAUAUCUUUCCCGGAGCACAGGUAAUCUGAGUGACCUUCCCAGAACGUCGAUACCGAGCAGGUACGGUAGUCACAGACAUGGAGGAGGAGGAGGUGGAGGAGGCAAGACUUCGAGUGAGACUGACGGCGGAGGAGGAGGUGGAGGGUCACGCCGUUACACUCACCCUCGAAGGAAAGCCAAGGAUGACUUGGGUCACAACGCUCAUGUGAAACUUGUUGAACCUGCACGGUGUCCCCACUGCGAUGGGGAGCAUGGGGCCGAAUCUUGCACAACCUGCCGUACCUACCACCGAUACUUCCCCCGCCCACCGCGCCCCCGGGCGCACGCCCACGCCUACCACACCAACAGCCCUCACGCCUCGCUGAAGGUCCUUCGUCAACCCGCCCUGAACGAUCUCAGACCGAGGAAGCGAUACCUGGCUGAUAUAGAUUCGUUCAUGCAUGGAGACAGCGGUCACCCUCCAAGGCGCGCCCGCUCGCUCUCGCCCCAGAGGGGCCCCCCUGACAGGGCCAACCUCAACUCGGAGAGGUUGAAGCGAGAAAACGACGACUUGUCUGGCGACGAGGAACCGGGGUCAAGGUCACACUCCCAGUCCAAUUCGAGGUCGCCCUCGCCCCCGGCGAGUCACGCUUCCGCUCCGGCUGCCAUGACUCGGAGGCGCCCUCGGUCCUACAGACGCCCCAUGACGCCGACGCCGCGUCGACGCCGUUACAUGGAUUCGGACGACGACUCAGGUGAUGAUCUGUAUGCACCAAGGAGGUAUUACCACCGCCAUUACCCUUGGGAAGACUGCCCCCUGUGUUACCCGCAUUACCGCUGUUACCCGAGUUACUCCCACCUCAACCGGUGCAGUUGCUAUGUCGGUCGGUCGUCUCUUCGGUGCAACUGCUCCAUAUGCUACCGCUAUCACCACUACCGGUGGCCACUUCACCUCUUCUCGCAUCGCUACCCAUACCACCACAGGUACCGCCCUUGCUAUCUUCCAUACUGUACGUACAAAUCGUCGUCCAGGACUUACUCCGGCCUCCUGGACUCUGACGACCUUCUUCCUUCGAAAUCGUCCAAGAACCGCAAGUCCAAAGACUUGGACUCGGACCUUCUAGAAACCUCGCCGGUGGAGGAGAUUGAGGACGACCUGACCAAGAGACCUCAGUCGUCCACCAAGAGAGAGAACUGGCCGAGAGCGGGAACCAGUAAGGAAGGCGCCAACGAUGAAGAGGACAAAGAUAGCGAGGAAGAGGGCAGCAACAGUCCUUCAGCCUUGAAAUCGAAGAAGGAAGCCGAAAACGGGAUGAAAAAGGAAGACUCGACCGGGGAUUUCUACGACUGAGAGUGAGUGACCGUGCGAGGGUAAAUAACCUGGGAAACGAAUUCUGGUGAAUAUGAAAUGAGGGCCCAGAUCCAUUCUGGGAGGGUAACCGAUGGAAAACCUAAAAGUGAACCAUCCCCACCCACCCAUUUUUUUUAGGCCGAUUCUCUGGCACCCUUAACACCUGUGAUUCUUGAAACAUUUUUUGACUUGGAAGUGACUGUGGAUUUCGCUUUCAUUGCUCAAGAUAGCAGUUGUGACAACAGAGGAGUUUCAAUUGCUUGAUGAAAAACAGUAAUGAAGGUCAAUUUUGAUUUUGUUAGUUGUAAGAAAUUAAGAUUAUUAUGUACGUUUUGCAUUUUUCAACCCAAAAGUUAUCUUUCCAAAGUGAGACGUAUGAAAAUACUUGAAUUAGUGCAAAAACCUAGAUACCCUUAGCAUUUCGUAAGAGAUAUAUCGACACUAUUGGCUGUAGAGUAGUAUAUUGCUUUAUCAAGUGUUAUACUUUCAAAUUUUACAACAUUGGCGUUUAAGAUAAUUUUAUUGUUAGAGUUUUAAGCAAUAUCUAUAUCAAUCAAAAGGACUCGCUGUUGUCCGUAAGGUUAAGUUUGGUGAACCAAACAAAAACUUCUUUCAGUUUUCUGCUGAAGAUUAACAAUGAAACCCACAAAAUUACUGUGUAUGACGUGUUUACUUUUAAGUAUUUACAUUUUAUUUUACUCAACACUCGAGUACCUUUAGGUCCUAUCUGUGGCCCUUUUUUCAAGAGAUGUGUAAGACUGCUGGGCCUUGACCCAGGCUGCCAACCUACACAUCUCUUGAAAAAGCUACACAGAUAGGACCUGAAAGUACUCGAGUGUUGAGUAAAAUAAAAUGUAAACACUUAUAAGUAAACACGUUAUACACAGUAAUUUUGUGGGUUUCUUUUUCAAUCUUAAGUUUGGUAUCGUAUGACAAUUGGCUUCUGAAUUGUUUUAAGAAACUAAGGCUUUGUGAAGUUUAGAAGUUGGUAUAAGUAAGGGAAAGGAAUCUCAAAGGUUCAUUUACAUGGAGCUGAUGUUUUACACUUCGUGUUAGGAUAAGGAUAUUGGGUCAUGGAUUUGACAGAACCGAGGAUAGAGGAAAAUGUGUACUGUCUCUUUCUUUUAUUUGGAUGCAGUACUUUCAUAUUUUGGGGAAAAAAACGUGAAAUUCCUGUUUUCACACAGUGUGAUUCUAACUAUAAUUUUAAAUAUGAAGAUCAAACAGAAAAAAAUAUAAUUACGACCAUAUGCAGUUUCCAUACGAUGCACUUAUCCCUUAGUUAUUUCAUUGCAAAAACAAAUAAUUAACUUAUGUAAAUUAGCCACAUUGUGAU